AUGGCACAAAUGGUAAUUUCUUUCAUUUUUAAAAUUUUAAGUUGGUACACAAUAGCAGUCUGCUAUGUGGUGAAACUCGCCCUUAGAUGCUCUUCAUGUGUUCUUGUACGCUUGCGCAGUAGUAAAAAACAUGGUAGAAGGGGUAGAAAAUCAGUAGUGGGGAGUCCGAAAGUAUUGAAGCAACUGAGGAACUCUUUUCUCAGUUCGACUAUAGUUUCUAAUGAAGUGCCGGAUCAUCCAGUAAUUUCACCAGUUUCGGGCAGUAUUUUUGAAAAGAGACUCAUCGAGAAAUAUAUUGCAGAAAAUGGAAUAGAUCCUAUUAAUGGGAAAGAGCUUACAGUUGAACAGCUCAUUGAAGUGAAAGCAUCACCCUUAGUUAAACCAAAACCUCCAAGUGCGAUCUCGAUUCCAGCGAUUUUAAAGAUUUUACAGGAUGAAUGGGACGCAGGGAUGCUUCAUUCUUUUACUUUACGACAGCAAUUGCAGACGGCGCGUCAAGAAUUAUCACAUGCCUUAUACCAACAUGAUGCAGCAUGCAGAGUAAUAGCCAGGUUAACCAAAGAAGUAACAGCUGCUAGAGAAGCUCUUGCAUCUCUGAAAUCUCCAAGUGGAAUUAUGCAAGCUACUGCUAUUCCUCAACCAGCAGUUGCUGUCGAAGCUGGAGGUGCAGCAGCACAACCCACAGAGCAAGCUGGAAUCACCGAUGAUGUUAUUCAGAUCCUACAGGAAAAAGCAACUGUUUUGACUCAGGAAAGGAAACGGCGAGGAUGUUCUAUACCAGAAGAGUUAGUUCCUGUAGAUAAUAUUCGAAUAUUCCAAAUUCUAGCAUCUCAUCCAAGUCUCCACUCGGCAAGUGUACCGGGAAUUUUAGCCCUUGACAUUCAUAGUACGGACACUAGUAAAAUUUUAACAGGAGGUGCUGAUAAGAAUGCUACAGUAUUCAAUAAAGACACCGAGCAGGUAGUUGCCAUAUUAAAGGGACAUACAAAAAAAGUUACUAGGGUUGUUUAUCAUCCUGAAGACGAUGUUGUUAUGACUGCUUCACCAGAUACUACAAUUCGAAUUUGGAAUGUUGCUACCAGUCAGACAACUUUACUAUUAAAAGCUCAUGACGCCCCUGUUACCGGAUUGUCGCUUCAUCCUACUGGUGAUUAUUUACUUAGUUCGUCGUUAGAUCAACAUUGGGCAUUCUCUGAUAUACGUGCUGGACGAUUAUUAACAAAGGUUGCUGGACCAGCAAGUCAAGGGAUUUGAGGAAAUUGAAAAAUUUCAAGACUUUGCAAUUAGAUGAUUCAUACGAAGUAAGAGAUUUAGCUUUCGACAAAAGCGGAACAUAUUUGGCUGUUGCUGGGUCUGAUAUCAGAGUAUAUUUAUGCAAACAAUGGCAAGAACUCAAGGUUUUCAAUGAACAUACUGCUGCAGCAACUGGUGUUCGUUUUGGUAAACAUGCUCAAUAUAUUGCAUCAACCAGCAUGGGUCGAACCUUAAAACUAUAUGGAUUGGUAUAGAAAAACGAAUGAAUAGAUAGUAGAUUUCACUUCUAAAAUCAUUAUCCAAUACAGUUAUGAUUUUGUUUCUAUUCAAUGAAGUAUUGAAUGCUUAUAUUUGCCAAUAACAUUGAAAAAUAAACAACAAAUGAAAUACAGCAAGAUUGUCUAAAUUUUAGACUCUAAAGGUUUGCCUAUUGGGAGCUCUCGGGCCUUUAAGAAUGUAAUAAAAUUUUAUGCUCGAAUACAACAAAGAGUUUGAGAUAAUAAUAUACAGUACCGGACAUAAAUGCUGUUUAAUUUUUUAAACGUUAUACAUGUGAUUUCCCUAUACCGUCUUAUAGAAAAUCACACAGCAUUUAUGUCCGGUACUGUACCUGAACACUUUUAGGUAAAGAUUACAAUGAGUCAAUCUGUAAAAAUUUUUGAAAAUCGGACUUUUGAGAAAUUCUGUUGUAUGUCUUAUUGCAGAUCAACUAAUGGAAAUAAUUAAUGGACUUUUUGUCUAGA